AUGCCAGGUCACCAGUACAGGUACAUGUACGCUAUCCUGGGCUGUGUACUGCUGCUGGUCUCACCAGGACCGUGUGUGGACAGUAUGGAGGUCCGUACGGAUGGUGAGAGGGAGUUCAACAACACAAACACGACGACAACAGGCGUACCGCCCAUAGAGGUGACUGCCUACCUGAUGCCGACCAUCAGUGCAAUGGUGUUCCUGGUGGGUCUGACCGGCAACUCGCUGGUGAUCUACAUCGUGGCGCGGUACAGAGAGAUGCACACCGUCACUAACUACUACAUCUCCAACCUGGCCGUCACCGACCUGGCGUUCCUCACCUGCUGUCUGCCCUUCAGCGCCGCCAACUACGUCACGUUCGAGUGGAGACUGGGCCUGUUCACCUGCAAGUUUGUCAGCUACAUGAUGCAGGUGACGGUCCAGGCGACGUGCCUGACGCUGGCGGUGCUCAGUGUUGACCGGUACUGCGCCAUCGUCCACCCGGUCUCCUCCAUGGCCUUCAGGACCAAGAAGGUCGCCAAGAUCCUCUGCGCAUCCGUGUGGGCAGCGUCCGCCCUUCUGGGUAUCCCGGUAGCGAUGAACUACGAGCUUGUGGAGAAGGCGUACUACGGGCGGCGGACCUACUGCCAGGAGGUGUGGGUGUCUGAGUCCGGGCAGCGCGGGUACAUGCUGUACACCGUCCUGCUGGCGUACGUCCUGCCGCUGGCCUGCUGCGGAGCCUGCGGCGUGCUCAUCAUCCGCCGCCUGCUGACCCGCAUGGCCCGGGCCCCUGCCCAGCAGCCCAACCAGGCCCGGCAGACCCGGCGUACCACCUGCAUCAUCGUCAGCGUGGUGGUCAUUUUCGCCCUCUCCUGGCUCCCUAACCAUGCUAUCAACCUCUGGCGCGUCUUCAACCUAGAUGAAGAGAUAACAGACGCUAUCAGCGCACUCAAAACUGCAGCUCUCAUCCUCUCCUACUCCAACUCUGCUGUCAAUCCUUUCGUCUACACCCUGAUUGGUGAAAAUUACCGCAACUACUUGAAGAAGGCCGUUCGGUGCUCUAGAAAAUCUCAUCUGGAGUCACGGUCCGUUACCUUCACGUCUAAGAGAUGCUCGUACUUGAGCAGUUCUAAUAAGAAAAAGGCGACUGUCACCCUCACUAGUGUUCGUUUUGCACAAGGCAGUAAGCCAAUGAUAACAUCUUGUCUGGCGUCAGAACCUGUCCAAGGUUCGUUACAUGAUGUAGAGUACGGUGGUGAUACAUGUAUGUAAUACCUUGUAGUGUGUAUUUUGAUUUCAAGAUUUGAUCUAUAUCAUACUAGGCUACGCACAUGUACAAAGUAUG